UAAACUCACUAGUCAAAUAGUAGUAAAACCUUGUUUUUGUGUUUCUUGAAACCUUUUCAACCAAAAAUGUCACUAGGAUACGCAGAGAAGCUUUCUUAUAAAGAAGAUGUUGGGGAUGUUGGAAUGUCAGAAUUUUUUGAUUCUCCAGAAGUCUUGCAAAAAAAAAUUAAUCAACUUGCAAAGAUGAUCAAAAAGAGUAAGCAUCUGGUGGCAUUUACAGGUGCAGGAAUAUCAACUUCUUGCGGGAUACCUGAUUUUCGCGGCCCAAAAGGAAUUUGGACUCUUCAGCGUGAGGGCAAAGAUCUGCCAGAAGCUUCUUUGCCAUUUCAUUGUGCAGCACCGGGUAUUACUCAUAUGGCUUUGGUUGAACUGGAACGGGCUGGUAUCUUGAAGUUUGUUAUUAGCCAGAAUGUGGAUAGCCUUCAUCUCCGUUCUGGGAUACCAAGGCACAAGCUUUCAGAACUGCAUGGAAAUUCAUUUAGAGAGGUUUGCCCUUCAUGUGGAACAGAGUACUUGCGAGAUUUUGAAGUGGAAACUAUAGGUUUGAAGGAGACAUCAAGACGUUGUUGUGAUCCAAAAUGUGGGGCAAAACUCAAGGACUCUGUUCUUGACUGGGAGGAUGAACUACCUCCUACAGAGAUGGAUGCAGCAGAAAAACAUUGCCGAAUGGCAGAUAUUGUGUUAUGUUUGGGGACUAGUUUGCAGAUAACCCCUGCAUGCAAUCUCCCUUUAAAGUCUGUACGUAAAGGAGGAAAGAUGGUUAUUGUCAACCUUCAGAAAACUCCGAAAGACAAUAAAGCAAGUGUGGUCCUCCGUGGUUUUGUUGACAAGGUAAUGGCUGGAGUAUUGCAGCUUCUCAAUAUGCAUAUUCAUGCGUAUGUUCGAGUGGAUCUUUUUCAGAUAAUCUUUAAUCAUUCCCGAUGUACCACAGAGUCAAAGUAUAUAAAAUGGUCCCUCAAAGUUAUUAGUGUUCAUGGCGAAAAAGCUCCCUUGCCAUGUAUUGAAUCUGUGGUGGUUACAUUUCCAGAGAGACCAGAGCUGAAAACUGCUGUCCUAUGCCAACAACCAUUUUUGCUGAAAAGGGAAACGCUUAAAACUAGACCCCUUCACAUGGUUUUGUGGGUUAACUUCAUUGAAGGUUGUGGUUGUCAGUUUACCAGCAUUGAUUUUCCAGUUAAUUUUGAGGCAUCAGAAGACGACAUCAUCCAAGACAAGGAUAUUGUUAUUCAGCAACUUAGAGACCAAGCAAAUGAAGGUCAAUAUUGUGGGCAGUCAUCUAUAGUUGAUAGAAAAGUCCUUUUAGACUCCGGGAAAACAAUUUCUACAUAUGCUGUUGCUACAAACAUCGCUCAGUACAAUGGAUUACCUUCAAAAACCUCUGAUAUAUCUGGGUUCUAUAACAAGGUUAGUGGAGAAAGGAAAAAAGUCGACCUUGAUAGUGGUAUAGAUAUUUCUACCGACAGCAUGCCUUUGAAGAAAGUGCGAGUUCAUUAGCCCGGGCAUAUCUGUAAAUCUUGGUCUUAUGUAUAUAUGUUUUUGAAAUAGCAAGUAAAAAAUGUUGCUGAUAGCCGGGUCAACUUUGAAGGUGAUAGAGUCAACUCCGUGGUGAAGAACGCCAAAGUGUGUAAAACAGUCGCAAGUUAAUUUUUUGGUUAGAUUAUGUUCUUGCGACUCUGCAACUCAUAUUCCAUAUGCUGGAUUUGAUGGGAACUUGAUUAAUGAUUACCUUAUCUGUUAGUAGAUUUCAAGCACUUUUGUUUUCAA